AUGGAGGGCUAUCGCAGGUGUAACAACUAUGGCAAGGAAGGCCACUUUUGGAAAGACUGCCCCACUCUGGCUAGGGCAGUGACACGCCCUCCAAUUCAGACUCUCCACCAGCAUCAGCAGAGAAAUAGAGGCAACAGGCCUCAGGCGAUAGGCAGGGUUUAUGCUAUGACGGGACCAGAGGCUGUAGGAUCAGGUAACCUAGUUAUGGGUCAUUGUUUAAUAGCUGGGAUGAAAUGUUGUGUGUUGUAUGAUUUUGGAGCGACACACUCCUUUGUGUCAGAUACAUGUGUGGAACGUUUGAAUAUGUCGAUGUGCGACCUGCAGUGCGAGCUUGCGGUGUCUACUCUGACAUCGGGUUUGGUCAAGACGUCGUCCUUAUAUGCUAGGUGUCCGGUGGAGGUAGAGAGACGUAGGUAUAAAGUGAAUAUGAUAUGCUUACCUAUACAAGAGCUGAAGGUGAUCUUAGGGAUAGAUUGGUUGUCUGCUAAUUGCAUUCUUAUAGACUGUCGAGAGAAGAAGUUGUUAUUUCCCAACUCAGAGGAACCUGAGUUGUUAUCAUCUCACGAGGUUAUGAAGGAGCUGUAG